GCCAGCCAGCCAACUACCCCUGAAUUUCUCUCUAUUGAAGCAUCCACCAAGCUCUAGACUUCGUCGAAUAUCGACUCUCUUAUCUUCGGAAAGCUCUAGGCCUCAACUUUAUAUAUGUAGUUCAUUAAUAUUAGCACCAAUAUUGACAAUAAUUCCUCGGCCCGAACCUUUUGAAGCCCAUAUCGUUCCUGAGUCGCUCAAAUUAGUUACUUGACUUAUCGAUUGGCUUCAGCUUCACCGGCUCGCUGCCACAAAUUCUCGUUAGCAACCAGCUGGUACCCAGCACUAAUAAGUUGGAGCCGCAUUAGGUAAUCGGCCAGAUUCUCUCUACCGGUACUUCACAUACAAACAAAAAGAUGGGAAGCAUGAGUGACUUGCCCUACUGGCAUGUCAACGUCCCAGAAAAUGAGCGUACGGAAGAAUGUCCAGAAUUCCUCAGCACCCUCAGUCCCAAGGAUAUCGGCAUCAUCGGCACGCCCGACUCUCUCUACCGCAGAUCCACGUGGCCCGAGGUUCAGAAAAUCGUGGCGGAGAACCGGUUAGAUGCGUUUCGUCGGGUCCCAUCCGACUUGAGGCGAUACCUUGAGUACACCUGGAGCCUGAAGCGAGAUUAUGGAAGCGUCAUGAAUUUCGUCUUAGGUCACCGGCUGCACUGGGAGGCUCCUGUGACGCCGAGGGGUAAGCCGUUUGAGUUUGACGAUGAUGUGAAGAUCCUAUGGAAUGAUUGGCCGUAUGGUAUCGAUGAGAGGAUAGUGCAUCUCGUGGUCUGGACCAAGUUCGACCUGGCUGAGGACCCCGUCACAACCGACCUUACGGAUGAGGCGAGGGCCGCUAUUGAUGGGUACGUGCAGAAAACAUUUGGGUCUAGAGUGGCGAGAGAUCGGUACAUCUGGUUCAAGAACUGGAGGUCAUUGAAAUCCGUCCAGGCCGUAGAGCAUUUCCACGUCAUGCUCUUCGAUCCGGAUCCUAAAUUCGUCGAUGAGAUCACUAAUGGCGACAUUCCAUCUUGUCGCAAGAUUUGACUUGUCAUUUUGAUAGAACGUCCACAGACGCGUCUAUGUAUGAUAAACGCCCAUUGGUCUCCAUUUGACAUAUUAACAGAACGUCAGGGCAUGGCAAAUAUGAAAGCAUGCACAAUACAAGGUACUUAAACGUCUAAGUAAUAUACAAAAGUUUCUGUUUGCUAUUACUGGGCUAUUGAUGAUCCCCGUUUCAAUUAGAGCCUCCACGUCAUUCCGGCCAAAGAGCAAACUCGUAGGCUCGUCGGUAAUGUACGUCACCUCCUAGUGCAUCUCCAGAGUCGGCGAUCCAAGCCCGCUCGUCUUCCCGUAGUCCCCCGUUCUUUACCUAUAGCACGUCUAAAUCUUGGAUAUUGUCUGGUUCUCUUGCUACCAAGGGUGGAUGUGCCUAACCUCAUAGUCAAUGUUGUAACCACCUUCACUAAACUAGAAUAUAGGUAGCUGGUGGUCUGUACUCCAGAUGGUGCCAACCCCUUACCAUCGUAAAAGUAACCUGUAAUAGUCACUUCAGAUCAUCAUAUCACACGAACACCUCGAAUCGUAUAUACUGCUAUUUCUUUGAAUUAUGAUAUAUCAUUCUAAUACUUACC